GACAAGGCCUCCAGCAACAUAUACAUCAAAUAUACACACUACAGUCCAAGAUACAACGACGGAACAUUUGACAAACUACCAAACCUCUACAGAGGAGCCAACAACAGAGCCGAUGUCUACAAAGGUUUCAACUAAGUAUACAACAAACAUACAUACGUCUAGUCCUGAGAUAACGACGGAACAAAUGUCAACCUACCAUACCUCUACCGAGCAGCCAACAACGAAGCCAGAACCAAAGGCUACAACAAACAUACAUAGUACUCGUCCAGAAACAACAUCGUCAGCAACCUUGGAACCUGCCUCUACUAGGGUUGCCACAAAGGCUACAUCAAAUGUGGUUACUGCCAAUCCAACAACAAUAGAGUCAACGUCAAGGGCUACCCUAGACAGAACAACACUGUCGUCAACGGAUGGUGAGCAAAGUACUGGGCGUCCAACCCAUAAAGCCCCCACCACUGAUUUUCUUGAAAUUUCACUUCCUAUAACGAGUGUAUUUGAAACAACGGAACAAUUGAGAACUCACCAGAUGUCUACCGAGAAACUAACAACGGGGCCUAUGUUGACAAGCCUUUCAACAAAUCCUGCAACAACGACGGGACAUCAGACAACUCAUAAGAUAUCAACAGAGAAGCCAACGACGGAAUCUGUGCCGACAAGCAAGCACACUUCUAGUCCAGAAACAAAGACGGAUCAUUUGACAACGUACCAGGCCUCUACCGAGAAGCCAACAACGGAAGUUGUGUUCACAGAGUUUGCAACAAACUCUAUAACAAGAGAGCACACUACUAAUCCAGAAACAACGACAGUUUAUUUGACAACGUACCAUGACUCUACUGAGCAGCCAACAACGGAACUUGUGUCCACAGAGUUUACAACAAAGGCUACAACAAACAUAGAUACUACUGUCCUAGAAACAACGGAGGGAAAUUUGACGACUUACCAAACCUCUACAGAAGAGCUAACAACGGAGACUUUGUCAACAAAGUUUUCAACACAUUCUGCAACAGACAAACACACUACUAGUCCAGAAACAAGCACGGAUCAUUUGACAACGUUCCAAGCAUCUACCGAGACGCCAUCAACGGAAUCUGUGUCCAUCGAGUUUACAACAAAGGCUACAACAGACGUAGAUACUACUGUCCUAGAAACAACGGAGGCGACUUACCAAACCUCUACCAAGGAACCAACCACGGAGCCGAUGUCAACAAGAUUUUCAACAAGGACUACGACAGACAUAUAUUCUACUAGUCCAGAAACAACAAUGGAACAAAUGACAACUCACAAGACCUCUACAGAGGAGCCAACAACGGAAACUUUAUCAACAAAUGUUUCAACACGUCUUGCAACAGACAAACACACUACUAGUCCAGAAACAAUCACGGAUCAUUUAACAACGUUCCAGGCCUCUACUGAGAGACCAACAACGGAAUCUGUGUCCACAGAAUUUACAGCAAAGGCUACAACAAACAUAGAUACCACUGUCCUAGAAACAACGGAGGAACAUUUGACGACUUACCAAGCUUCUACAGAGAAGCCAACAACAGAGCUGAUGUCAACAACAUUUCCAACUAAGGCUACAGCAAACGUACAUACUACUGUCCUAGAAACAACGGAAACAACAGAACCGGUGUCCACAAUGUUUCCAACAAAGGCUACAACAAACAUUCAUACUACUAGUCCAGAAACAACCACGGAUCAUUUAACCACGCUCCAGGCCUCUACCGAGACACCAUCAACGGAAUCUGUGUCCACAGAACUUACAACAAAGGCUACAACAAACAUAGAUACUACUGUCCUAGAGACAACGGAGGAACAUAUGAUGACUUACCAAUCCUCUACAGAGGAGCCAACAACAGAACCGGUGUCCACAAUGUUUACAACUAAGGCUACAACAAACAUACAUACUACUAGUCCAGAAACAACAACGGAACUAAUUACAACCCACCAGACCUCUACAGAGGAACCAACAACAGAGUCGGUUUCCGCAAUGCUGUCCACGGACUCUACAACAAGGGAACACACUGCUGUCUCAGAAAGAACGACGGAGCAAUUUACAACUUUAAAGGCCUCUACCAACCAGCCUACAACGGAGCCGAUCUCAACAACGUUUUUAGGAAAUACUACAACGAAUAUACAUACAUCUAGUCUAGCAACAACGACAGGACAAACUACAACCUUUCAAACAGCUACUAAAGAGCCAACAACAGAGCCGUUGUCAACAAGGUUUUCAGCAAAGACUGCAACAAACAUCCAUACUACUCGUCCAGAAACCACGACGGAACAAAUGACAACCUACCAAGCCUCUACAAAUGAGCCUACAACAGAACCGGUGCCGACAAAGUUCCCCAUUAUUACUACAGCACACACACAUACCACUCGUCCAGAAGCAUCAACGGAACAAUUAACAACUUCCCUGACUUCUACCAAGAAGUCAACGACGCAGCCGAUGUCAACAAGAUCUCCCACAGGGACAAAUAUAAAUACUACUGUACAAGAAGCAACAGAAGAAAAUUGGGCAAGUUACCAGACUUCUACGGAGAAACCAACAACAAAGCCUAUGUCGACAAGGUCAUCCACAAAGGUUACAACAAACGAACACACCACGGAGAAACCAACAACCAAACCUAUGUUGACAAGGUUGUCCACAAUGGCUACAACAAACGAACACACUACUGGUGCAAAAACGACGAAUCGAUUGACUUCUGCCAAGUGGCCAACAACGGAUUCGAUGUGGACAAUGUUUAGUACAGGCCAGACAUCACAAGACUGGGCACAAACAACAACGCACACAAUAACUGCAUCCACACCACCUCGUUCUACAUUCCAAACAUCAACCUUACCAGCAACAACACCGCAAACAACAACAACUCGUACGCAUCCAGACACGUCAGCAAUUGCAGUAUCAACUGCGGGCACUAAUCAGACCUUCACCCCUUCACUGCAGAGUUCCAGUAUGCCUGAAUUUUCGACGUCUCCACAGAAAACCACUACUGCUUCUUCUGAUGGACCCACAACUCCAUCUGCUACACAAUCCACAAUGGUCAGGACCACCUCUAGUAUCACGUCGUCUACAAGGGACAGAACGACACUCCGAGGUGGAACAACAAUAAUGGCGACUCCUUCUGAGGGAUGUAAUUCAGGCUGCAGCAUGUAUGCAGAUGUCCUAUCCGAUGGGUCCUGUCAAUGUAAGGCAGGAUUCUCUGGAGACGGAGCGACUUGUCGUCUCAGUUCCAGUGGCUUUUCCCAGAGUGCAAGGUUUACGGGCCUUUCCUACAGACCUGCUUUGGCUGACUGUAGGUCGGACGACUUUGCUUCUACCAAGGAUAGCCUGCUUGCAAUGAUUUUAGACAUCUACUCGUCGAGUUCCGUUGCUGAUGGCAUCUACUCCGUGGUGAUCACGUCUUUGUCAAGCGGCAGCAUCGUCGUGCAGAUGACCAUCACCACCGACCCAUCUGCAGGGCUGACAGCUGAUGACUUACAGGAGGCCUUUCUUACCUCCAACAAUACAGACAUCGAAAUCGACAACACUACCGAACUUUGCUCUUCUGACUUUUGCUGGACUGGAGUGGAUUGUACAGCGACGGAUCCAUCCAAAAUCUGCGAAUGUCCAUCAUCGUACAGUGAUGACGUAUGUGUGACACCUGUUGAGGCGACAACAACUGCUUCAACGAUACAGCCAACGACAGAACACGGGUCCACACUACUAGCAUCAACUGAGGCCGCAACACUCCUACCCACUACACAAAGAACCAUCGAAUCAACUACGACCAUGGCAAGUACUCCCUACACAACUGGGCAAACUUCAACACCAACAUACACGGCAGCGCGUACUUCUACGUCACCUGUACCAACUCUACCAUUAACAACAGCAAAGCAAACGACUGCAGAAGAGUCUACGCAGUUAGAAACUACGUCGAUAAUGAGAACUCAAUACAGUACAGCUUCGCCUAUCGGAAGAACUACGACUGAAGCACCACCGACGUUUUCCCAAACAGAUGAAUCCACACUGGCAAUGACAACAAUACUCGGUACAGAAUCGAAGAUCACAACUGGGCAAACAACAGUGCAGCCAACAACGGAAGCUCAACCAUUGACUACAGACGAUGAAACAACAGCGCUUACUAUGGAAACAACGUCUCAAGCAACGUCAGCUACGUCGUCUACAACGCUUUCAUCUUCAACUGUAGACACGUCAACGUCGUCCUAUGUAACGGGUGAAACAACACGCCUAAUGAGUACAAUAGAAAACACAGAAUCAAGGAUGACGACUGGACGUACGACAUUGCAGCCAACAACAGAAGUGCGAUUGACGACAUGGGAGCAAACAACUCUGGGCGAAUCUACAGCCAAAACCACCACUAGUCAAUCCAGUACAGUGAAAACAACAAGGGAACCACCAACGUCAUCAACACUUGCAGUAUCCACCAUUGACACGUCAACGUCAUCUUCUGAAGCCAUUGCAACUACACACGUAAUGACUACGAUAGAAAACACAGAAGCGGACAUCACGACUGGUCAUACAACAUUGCACCCAACAACAGAAGCUCGAUUGACGACAUUGGAACAAACAACUCCAAGCGCAUCUACUACCAUGCCCUUCACAAGCCAGUAUAGUACAAUGACAACCAUGGAAGGAACUACGACCGAAGCACCAUUGUCCUCCACAACCCAUGAAACUACAAACUACAUUGCUACAAUUGGAAACACAGAACCGGACAUCACGACUGGCCAUACAACAAUGCUACCAACAACAGAAGCACAAUUGACGACACUAGACCAGACAACUCCAGACAAGUCUACAGCCAUACCGGCAACUACUGUUAAAGGAACUACAACUGAAGAACUAUUCUCCUCUGCAAUCCAUGAGACUACGUACUUGAUGACUACAAUGGAAAACACAGAACCGGACAUCACGACUGGUCAUACAACAUUGCAGACAACAACAGAAGCAGCACGAAUGACGACAUCGAAGCAAACUACUCCAGGCGAAUAUACUACCAUACACACCACGAGCCAGUACAGUACAAUGACUUCCGAAGCACCAUUGUCAUCUACAACCCAUAAAACUACACACCUGAUGACUACAAUAGAAAACACAGAAUCGGACAUCACGACAGGUCAUACAACAUUGCAGCCAACAACAGAAGCACGAUUAACGUCAUCGGAGCAGACAACUCCAGACAUAUCUACAACCAUAUACACAACUACCAUCGAAGGAACUACGACCAAAGCACCAUUGUACUCUACAACCCAUAAAACUACACACCUGAUGACUACAAUAGAAAACACAGAACCGGACAUCACGACAGGUCAUACAACAUUGCAGCCAACAACAGAAGCACGAUUAACGUCAUCGGAGCAGACAACGUCAGGCGAGUCUACAACCAUAUACACAACUACCAUCGAAGGAACUACAACCAAUGCACCAUUGUCCUCUACAACCCAUAAAACUACACAUCUAAUGACAAUAGAAAACACAGAACCGGACAUCACGACUGGUCAUACAACAUUGCACCCAACAACGGAAGCACGAUUGACGACACUGGAGCAGACAACUCCAGACAAAUCUACAACCAUAUACACAACUACCAUCGAAGGAACUACAACCAAUGCACCAUUGUCCUCUACAACCCAUAAAACUACACACCUGAUGACUACAAUGGAAAACACAGAAUCGGACAUCACGACUGGUCAUACAACACUGCAGCCAACAACAGAAGCACGAUUGACGACAUUGGAGCAGACAACUCCAUACGAGUCUACACCCAUAUACACAACUACCAUCGAAGGAACUACUACCGAAGCACCAUUGUUCCCUACAACCCACGAAACUACACAGCUGAUGACUACAAUGGAAAACACAGAACCGGACAUUACGACUGGUUCUACAACAAUGCUACCAACGACAGAAGCAGGAUUGACGACACUGGAGCAGACAACUCCAGACGAGUCUACACCCAUAUACACAACUACCAUCGAAGGAACUACGACCGAAGCACCAUUGUCCUCUACAACCCAUAAAACUACACACCUGAUGACUACAAUGGAAAACACAGAAUCGGACAUCACGACUGGUUCUACAACAUUGCUACCAACAACAGAAGCAGCACGAAUGACAACAUCGAAGCAAACUACUCCAGGCGAAUAUACUACCAUACACACCACAAGCCAGUACAGUACAAUGACUUCCGAAGCACCAUUGUCAUCUACAAUCCAUAAAACUACACACCUGAUGACUACAAUGGAAAACACAGAAUCGGACAUCACGACUGGUUCUACAACAUUGCUACCAACAACAGAAGCACGAGUGGCGACAUCGAAGCAAACUACUCCAGGCGAAUAUACUACCAUACACACCACAAGCCAGUACAGUACAAUGACUUCCGAAGCACCAUUGUCAUCUACAACCCAUAAAACUACACACCUGAUGACUACAAUGGAAAACACAGAACCGGACAUCACGGCUGGUUCUACAACAUUGCAGCCUACAACAGAAGUGCGAUUGACAACAUGGGAGGAAACAACAACUCCAGACGAGACUACAACCAAAGCCACCACCGUACCGACGUCCUCUGAAUCUAGUGAAACUACACAUCUGAUGACCACAAUGGAAAACACAGAACCGGACAUCACGACUGAUCGUACAACAUUGCAGCCUACAACAGAAGUGCGAUUGACAACAUGGGAGGAAACAACUCCAGACGAGACUACAACCAAACCCACCACCGUACCGACGUCAUCUGAAUCUAGUGAAACUACACAUCUGAUGACCACAAUGGAAAACACAGAAUCGGACAUCACGACUGAUCGUACAACAUUGCAGCCAACAACAGAAGCACGAUUGACGACAUCGGAGCAAACAACUCCAGGCGAACCUACUACCAUGCUCACCACCAGCCAGUAUAGUGCAAUGACGACCUCUACAACCAGUAAAACUACACACCUGAUGACUACAAUAGAAAACACAGAAUUGGACAUCACGACUGGUCAUACAACAUUGCAGCCAACAACAGAAGUACGAUUGACAACAUUGGAGAAAACAACCACAGACGAGUCUACAACCUUACCUGCCACUAGCAAGUACAGUACGAUGACAACCAUCGGAAGCACUACUUCCGAAGCACCGACGUCCUCCGAAUCUAUUGAAACUACACACCCGAUGACUACAAUGGAAAACACAGAACCGGACAUCACAACUGGUUCUACAACAUUGCAGCCUACAACAGAAGGCGAUGAACCGACAGCAAUGACAACAAAAACAACAUCCCAAGGAACUACAUCAACUUCAUCGACUUUCACUACAGCAAAUUUAGCCCUCACAACUGCAGAGAAGUCAACGCUUUUGCCAACAACGAUGGCAACAGCAAGCCAAACCACACUGCUCCCCACAACACGACAAUCUACAAACUAUAUUUUGACUACAACCCAACAUUUGACUACAGACUUGGAAAGAACGGAAGUGACUAACGGAGAACCGACCACAUUGCCACCAAGUUCAGCUUCAACUACAUCGUCAGCAACAACAGAUGCUAAAACCACGCCCCUUACAGCAACAAUUACAACCCAACCAUUGACUACAGACGUAGAAACAACGGAAGCGACUAGCGAAGAACCGACCACAUUGCCACCAAGUUCAGCUUCAACUACAGCGUCGGUAACAACAGAUGAUAAAACCACGCCCCUUACAACAACAAUUCCAACUCAACCAUCAACAACAGCCUUGGAAACAACGGAAGUGACUAGCGGAGAACCAACCACAUUGCCAUCAAGUUCAGUGUCAACUACAGCGUCAGCAACAACAGAUGCUAAAACCACACCCCUUACAACAACGAUUACAACCCAACCAUUGACUACAGACGUAGAAACAACGGAAGCGACUAGCGAAGAACCAACCACAUUGCCAUCAAGUUCAGUGUCAACUACAGCGUCAGCAACAACAGAUGAUAAAACCACACCCCUAACAACAACGAUUACAACUCAACCAUCAACUACAGAAGAGGAAACAACGGAAGUGACUAGCGAAGAACCGACUACAUUGCCAUCAAGUUCAUCACCAACUACAGCGUCAGCAACAACAUAUAUGAAAACCACACCCCUAACAACAACAAUUACAACCAAACCAUUGACUACAGAAGAGGAAACAACGGAAGCGACUAGCGAAGAACCGACCACAUUGCCAUCAAGCUCAGUGUCAACUACAGCGUCAGUAACAACAGAUAUAAAGACCACACCCCAUACAACAACGAUCACAACCGAACCAUUGACUACAGACGAGAAAACGACGGAGGUCACCACGUUGUCUGCAAGUACAACAUCAGUGUUGUCGACACAAGCAAAGUCCUCUGCCCAUUCCACGACAAGUGAGGAGGCUACGUCAACUUUUAAAGGCACAACAAUACAAUCGACAACGGCAGAGAAAACAACACAAACCCUUACAACAAUACAAACAACACUGGCCAACCAACAAGUCACAACACAGCAAUCCACGACUUUAAGAACAAUGGAGACUACAACGCAAUUGGGAGAUUGCAACGAUGGAUGUAACAAAUAUGCAGAAAAGCUGUCAAAUGGAACUUGCCAAUGUAAAAAAGGAUUCGCUGGAGAUGGAACAACAUGCGCUCUCGCGUCCAGCGGCUUUGCACAGAGCGCCAGAUUUACUGAUCUAGUGUACCAGGACUCCAUGGCUGAUUGCAGAUCUGCAGAAUUCAAGGCUACCAAAGAAAAUAUGACAGCAAUGAUCAUUGACGUCUACUCAAGAAGUGCCGUCUCAGCGCACAUCUACUCUGUGACAGUUACGUCCUUAAGCAAGGGUAGCGUCAUCGUGGAGACGACUAUAACGGCCGAUUCAGCCGCUGGUAUCACGGAAGACGUCUUGGAGGAAGCCUUCAUCCAGUCUAUAGGGGUAGACAUGGAAGUGAACACAACGGAGCUUUGCGCUUCUGAUUAUUGUCUGGUUGAUGGAGUGUGUCAGGCCACGGAUUCAUCAAGAAUAUGCGAGUGCACUCAAGCAUAUGACAAUGCCCAAUGCAUCAAUCCCUCAGUAACAACGACUGGGCAAAGCUUAUCAACAAUAGAAGAGGCUAUUACAACAGAAGGUGUUACAACAUCAAAGAUGACCACCGAAGCUACAGCCCAAAGGACAACCACAACAGAGACUCUGUUGACUACAGCAAAUGUCGUUUCAACAAUACAGCCAACUACAGAGGGAUCUACAAUACAACCAACAACAGAAGGUCGGACUACAUCGCCGAAAACAUCUACAUCUGGCUUAUCCACACGACCCUUGUCAACUGUACAGCAGUCUACGGCUGAACUACUCACAACGGCAUAUGGUACAACUGUUCCGACAAGGACGGAGGUGCUCUCAACGGAGCAGCCAACCGAGAUGCCCACAGCGGAAACCAGUACAGAAAUGACCACAGUCGAAACCAGUACAGAAAUGACCACAGCCGAAACCAGUACAGAAAUGACCACAGCCGAAGCCAGUACAGAAAUGACCACAGCCGAAACCAGUACAGAAAUGACCACGGCCGAAACCAGUACAGAGAUGACCACAGCCCAAAUCAGUACAGAAAUGACCGUGAAACUAACCUCAACCGCAGAACCACAAACAACAAUGACUGCAACGCAAAGCACUUUGUCGGAGCUCACGACUGCUUCAAUAACAAUACAGCCAACGACAGAAGAUGAACCCGAUACAACUACAGGGAGACAUACAACCGUUGGAAUGACUACAGUUCAACCGACUACAGUUGAGCCAACUACAGAGGCUACAACGGCAACAAAAAGUACACCGUCUCUUACAACGGCUAAAACUACACUGACUACAACUGAUGCAGGAAAUACACAGCCUCCAACGACGGAAGAAACUACGCGCCCUGUAACAACGGUGAAAACUACAGAAAAUCCAACUACUGAAGAGACUACGUUCUCCACAUCUAAAGAACGUACAACUACAGAACAAUCUACGACUAGUGGUUUGACAACAGUUAAUCCGACUACGAUUGAACCAACCACCGAGGAAGAAACUACUAUCCUGACUACAUCAUUAACGUCCCGAGCAACAUCAAGAUCGGCCUCAACCGUACAGCCAUCAUCUACCAUGGACGUGUCGACUGUACAUUCCACAGUUCAACCGCCAACUACUUCCAGGAAGACAACGCUAGCAUCAACUACUGCGGAGCAAACAACCAUUAGGUCCACGCCCCAACCCACCUCAACCGUGGCUAAAUCAACCCCAUGUUUCAUGUAA